GAAAAUGAAAGUAGGGAAAGAAUAAAAGAUGGAAAAGUAGAAGAGACUAAAAUAACUCUCUUAUAGAUGCCAGGGGAGUGCAUUUGUCUAUUGCCAUUGGAAAAGAUGGCAGAAAGAUGCCAAAAAGUGUGUAGACACACAAUGAAGUAUAUGUAAGGAAGUAUACAAUUGGUAAAUAGCAUAACUUUUGGAUACAAAAUGUAUUAGGUUAAUGUAGACAAUAAGAAUAUGCACCCCUAAAACAGGUAUACUGGAUUCGAUGUAAGUAUAAAAUACAUUGAAUGUAAUACGAUAAAAAAAGCAAUGAUGAAAUAGAAAAAUCAUUGGCUAGCAUUUGAAUGAAUGAGGAGUGAAGACUAAAAUAAUUUGGAGAAAGAUCUAAGAUGAAAUCGCACUGUGGAACAUUUCAGCCUGGUUGAACUUGGAGGUGAAAGUUCACCUACUCUGCCUUCGAAAUGUGAGUAGAACAACAACAACAUACCUUUUACUGCAGCUCACAAAUGGUUAAGACCACGUGUGGGUUUAAGUUUAUCUUUUUGGAAACUUACUAUAUCUAAAAUUUGCCAUGAUUGUUUGAUUUAAAUAGAAGCAGUAAAUACACAAAACUUAUUGAGGCGGUUAUGUUCUACAGUGUACAACAGUUAUAAAGUAUAUACAUAAAAAAAUAUAUGCUGAUGUGAAAACUUUAAAAAGUUUUCAUGAUAAUUAAAAAGAGUUAUCAAGAUAAAAUGCAUAUUAUCAUCUUGGAGAUCAAAUAUAUCAAGCAGGAUAUAUAUAUAUAUAUAUACAUAUGAUUUGGACUAGAAAAGUAACAUUAAAAAUGUAUUUAGACUAAUUUGGGUUAAAAUACUGACAUGAUGGGGCAGUGGAUAGGACACAUGCCUUUGGUUUGAGAAACCUAGGUUCGAAUCCACUGUGACACACCAUUGUGUCCCUGAGCAAGACACUUAAUCCCUAGUUGCUCCAGAGGCGUGCGACCUCUAACAUAUAGCAAUUGUAAGUUGCUUUGGAUAAAAGCGUCAGUUAAAUGAAUAAAUGUAAAUGAUGUAACAUAAACACCAGGAAGCAUUAUGCAUGAUGGUAAAAAGAAUGUUUGAAUAAAACAUUUCCAUUGGACAUUUGUAACUAAAUAACAAAAAAAAUGUUAUUUGUUAAAUCUGUCCCAGGAGUAGGUAAAAAAGAAAGAGAAGUUUCACACAUUCUCUGGAGAUCAUAAACCAGUCAGAGAUGUUGUGAGGAUUGUUUUAAAGACACCACAGCUUAGCCUUUUGCUGAGUAUGUGUUGGGUGGUUCAUAAAGUAAAAUUAAUUAUUUUAUGACUAAUCUACCUCAGUUGCUACUUAUAUUUAAGGCGGACACUGAUUGUAAACAUAACAUUGCUUACAAAUCUUGUUUAGUAUCACUAGCCUUGGAAUGCUGCUAAAAGUUUUGUUUGUUUUAUUGAUUGUGUGUAUGUGUGUGCCUCACUGUUAAGAAAUAAUAGUGAGAGAAGGAGGUGUGAAGAGUAAUACUUUUUAAAUUGACCCUUAGGGAGAACUAAGAUAUGUAGUGAUCAGACUAAAUAACAGCACCUAUGUUUGAUUUAAUUUUGAAGGUGCAAAUUUCAAAAUUGUAAAAGCACAGCAGACGCAAGCCAGAUAAUCUGAAUAAAAUUGGGAUAGUGGCAAAAUGUAUAACAUAUUGGGUGUAAUGAAAAAUAAUGAUGGUAAAGUAAGUAAUAAGUGUGAUUGAAUAAAAUAUUAUACAAUACGUAAAGAAACUUAGAAAAACCACACAAAGUCGAUCACAAUCAAGACCAUACUGUUGUAAAACCAAAUUAAUGCUAUGGCAUGAAAAUGCUUUUGUUUAAAAGGUCAAAAUUGUAAUAGGAGAUAUGUGCAGUUUUGAGCAGUUGGUUUAAGAUUAUUGGAAUGUAUUGAAGUUAAUUUAUGAAACACAUUCCUCUCAGCUAUGAGGAGUAAAAGCAGAAGAACACAGAGAAGUUCAAAUGUGGAUCAUAAAUUGUCUCUCAAAGGACGAGUUGGUGUGAUUCAGCCACACACUGAUAUAUUUAAACUGAACCUUUUUGAAACACAGUUAAAUGACCAGGAGAGUCUGAUUAUGGCGGACCACUUUCUAGAAAAUCAGGAAUUGGCAGAAGCGGUAAAUGAGGCUAAGAGACUGGAACUUAGGAGAACAGUGAGGGGUCAAUUAUUAACAAGAUGUGGAACAGAAUAUUGGAUUGCAGUUCACAAGGAUGAAUGUGUCUCUUGCUACAGGCAUCCUGUAAUGCAAAGAGUUGAAUUAAGUAUGGGACAAUUCUGUCGAGAUUGUUUCAAGACUGUUAAAAUAAUGACUUGGGUUAAUGAAGAUAAGACAACAGAGCAUUACUUGACAACUUUUAAUCUAAUGGAACGCACUAAUGCUGCGUUAUUUCUGAGGUACCAAGAUAUACUCAAAAGGCUUCACCCAGAGGUUGAGGAAAUAUAUUAUGAUAUUGAUGGACACAAGGAUUGGACUAAAGAUAACAAAGACCUUGUAGUACAUGAGCUUCAUAGAAGUAAAACAUUGAAGAUUGUUAAACUCGAUGGAGUUUUUUAUCUCAUAGAGCUAAACAUUGAUGAUUGCAUCAAAAAGGAAAGGGUCGCAACUUCUGCCCCCCCCAGUUCUCCAGAAGACUUCAAUGAUGACUGUGGCUCGUGGAGAAGUGCGUAAAAUGCAGGAGUCCAUGAUUCCGUUGAUUGGUAAUUGUAAACAAUGUAAGAUCAAUGGAAGGAGCCGCCAGUUCUUGUGUCAGAACUCUGAAGGAGAAUUGAUUGGUGCAUGCUACCAUGAGAUAACUGAUGGAAAAUUUAUAAAAGCAAAUUUUGGAGGCUAUCUGAACGUAGUGUUGCAAAGUGUAAAACAUUGGCCAGUGGGUGAUCAAGUAAAAGGAAUUAUAGUGGAAAGUAAUUGGGUAAGACCAAUACGCAAAGUUCCCUGGGUCAACAACUAUUUGAGUAUAUCUCAGCACAACAUUUUUACUAAUAGGGGUGAAAUGUACUUGAUGUUGAAAAAAUAUGAAAGGAGAGUUGGAAGAUAUCAGCCAUACUUAUGUUUGAAAAUGAGAACUUAAAGGCUGUAUAAUAUUGCAUGAAGGGGGUGUUGUGUAAGAUGCAAAUUAUCCAACCUUUAUAAGCCAAAUAAUACACCUAAUUUUAUAUGUAUUUCUUCUGCGCAAUAUAAACCUGUGGUUUGUUAUUUUAUACUCCUUUUACUAUGUUAAACUCUUAUGUUACUUAAUAUGCCUAGGGUGGCUUUGAUGUAAAGUAUUAUAAUCAUUGAGUUAGGAGUAUAUGCAUGACAGCUCUUAAAUUGCAUGUUUAAGGAGUGACACAAAUAUGGUUUUGUAUUUACUAGUUUAUUAAGAGUAGAGAGAUUGAUGCAUGUAUUAGAUAGAACAAAGCUUAAGGGAUAUAUUACAGUUUAAAGCAUGAUUUAAAGACCUGUCUUCGUGGGAGAAAGCGCAGAGGAGUUUGGAGAAGAACGACAAAGAGACUUCGUCAUAUAUUUAAGAUAUUAGGGGACUUUCCCAGUAGACGUAAGGAUCAAAGGCGUGCCAUGAGGCCCUGAAUAUGAUUCCUGGAAUUCGGACCCGAGACCGUGCCUAUAAAUUGAUGCUGGUGCAGAACUUAGGCAGAUCUGGAAGGGCAACAUCCAGCAUCUCCGUUGUCUGACAGCCUGAUAUCUUGUGUGCUCUAGACUUAAUACUUUUUAGACUUUGUAAUUUUUGUCUU